ACUCCCCUAUCAUCAGUCUUCAGGUUCUUCCGAGGAACUCUUCUUCAAAUAGAUAUGCCUUCGCACACUCAACUAGUUUCUCUGCAAGUUUCUACUCAAAUGGAAGCUAAGAGCAACAAAUCCUUGUCCUUCCUCAUCUUAAUCUCCAUCUCUAUCCUCUCUCAUCUCUCUUCAGCAACUGACACCCUCUAUCUAGGCCAGUCUCUCUCUGGAAACCAGACCUUGGUCUCCAAAGCAGGCACCUUUGAGCUCGGCUUCUUCUCUCCAGGUAACUCCAGUAACUACUACAUAGGCAUCUGGUACAAAAACAUCCCAACCAGAGACAUCAUAUGGGUAGCCAACAGGGAAACACCAAUCUCCAACCCUUCCACUUCUGAGCUGAAAAUCUCAGAAUUAGAUGGCCAUCUAGUUCUCCUCAACCAAUCCAAACUACCAGUUUGGUCAUCCAACUCCACUCUUUCCAACACCACAGGCGCUAGAGUUGCCGUCCUUCUGGACACUGGCAAUCUUGUUCUGAGGAACGUUUCAAACUCAUCAACAUCACUCUGGCAGAGCUUUGACCACCCAACCGACACGUGGAUGCCUGGUGGUUGGCUAGGAGUGAACAAAGUCACAGGCGAGUUCAACAGCAUGACUUCAUGGAAGACCCCUGAGGAUCCUGCACCAGGGCCUUACACCGAGAGAAUGGACCCAGAUGGAUCCAAUCAGUAUGUCUUUCUCUACAACAACUUGGAGGUUUACUGGAGCAGUGGGGUCUGGAAUGGCCAGUACUUUGGUGCAGUCCCCGGAACCAGGGAAAAGACUGCCCUUAUGCUAAGCUUUGUUGAUGGUGAGGUCUGGAAGUACGCCACUUACACAGUCACUGUUCCUUCCGUGAUUGCUCGGUUUGUCAUAGACUCAUCAGGGCAAGGCAAGACGUGGUUGUGGCUGAAUAGCAGUCAGCAAUGGCAGCAAAUCUUCACCAUGCCUGUUGCUCACUGUGAUGUUCCUUCUUUCUGUGGAGCUUUUGCUGUCUGUGAUGAGAGAAGCUCCUCCGCCUGCAGUUGCUACACAGGUUUUCAACCGGCAUCUUCGCAUGAGUGGGAUUCAGGUGAGUGGGUUUCAGGUUGUGUGAGAAGAACUCGUUUGCAGUGUAGCAGUAAUAAUACUAACGGAGGAGAUCAUGAAAAAGAUGGUUUCCUUGAGAUGCAGAUCGUGAAACUGCCUUCGAAUCCAGAGAGUUUAAAAGUUUCCAGCGCUGAGGAUUGUAAGUCAGCUUGUGUUAACAACUGCUCCUGUACUGCAUAUGCUUAUGAUACUACGUGCUCCAUUUGGCAAGGAGAUCUCCGAAGUCUUCAACAACUCUAUGAUGGGGAUACGAUGGUUGGAGGAACUCUGUAUCUCCGGCUUGCUGCUUCUGACUUACCAAGUUCAAGUAGUUCGCACAAAUGGGUGCUUGCAGUCGUCUUAAGUAUAGUUGCCCUGCUUGUGUUGAUCUUCUUUGUAAUUCUUGGAACGAUUUGGUUGCUCCCAAGAAUGAGAAAGAGAGGUGGAAGCAUCAUGAGUGGUGAGGGCUCACUGCUUAACUUUACAUAUACCGAUCUUCAACACAUAACAAAGAACUUCUCGGAGAAGUUGGGUGGCGGAGGAUUUGGGUCUGUGUUCAAAGGCACAAUGCCAGAUUCUACCAUCAUUGCCGUGAAGAAGCUUGAAGGACUAAGACAGGGAGAGAAGCAAUUCCGGGCCGAAGUUAGCACAAUGGGCUCAAUUCAACACAUCAAUCUACUUCGUCUCCGUGGUUUCUGCUGUGAAGGUAUCAACAGGCUUUUGGUGUAUGACUACAUGUCAGGUGGUUCACUUGACAAUUAUCUUUCUGCAAAUUCCAAAGUUUUAGACUGGAGUACGAGGUAUCGCAUCAUUCUCGGCAUCGCCAGAGGAAUUGCUUACCUCCAUGAAAAAUGCAGGGAGUGCAUCAUUCACUGUGAUAUCAAACCAGGCAACAUACUCUUGGAUGCAGAAUCAUGCGCCAAAGUAGCAGACUUCGGCAUGGCGAAGCUCCUUGGCCGAGAAUUCAGCCGGGUGUUGACGACGAUGAGGGGGACUGUAGGCUACUUAGCACCGGAAUGGAUUUCCGGUCUUCCGAUCACACCCAAGGUAGAUGUUUACAGCUUUGGGAUGAUGCUGUUUGAAAUUGUAUCAGGACAGAGGAACUCGGGUAAUUCAAAGAGCGAGACUUUCUUUCCUAUUUGGGCUGCUCAACGAGUGACGGAAGGUGAAAUUAUUUGUCUGUUGGAUGAUAGAUUGAAGGGCGAUGCAGACAUGGAAGAGCUCAUGAGAGUUUGCAGGACUGCUUGCUGGUGCAUUCAGGAACAAGAGCUUGACAGGCCAUCAAUGGGGCAGGUUGUGUUGGUUCUAGAGGGAGUUAUAGAGGUGAAUACUCCUCCUAUACCCAAGACUUUCCAGCGUCUCAUGCAGGAUGAUCAGCAAGUGCCGCAUUUCUAUAAUCCCUUGCCAAUCACUGAACACAAGGAACAAUCUGGGAAAUCUGAAGCCUCAUUUGACAGUUCUCAAAAUGAUCCUUGAUAUCUGCAUUUAAUGAAGUAGAGUACGAUGGCUCAGUGCAAUAUGGUAUAUCAUAAUAGGUUAGUAUUUUUUUCAUCUGAGAAGACAUAUAUCUGCUGCAAAAAAGAACUAUGUGAAAUAAGAUCUCAUGUGUUAGAUCUGUUCAAAUUCAAAUACCACCACUGUUUAGGUGGGGUCAUGAAAUAUCCUUUCCCAA